AUGUCUUCUGAAUCAUCUUCGCUCAUCGUACUGCCCCAAACUAAUCAGCUACUCGGUCUCUACACCAUUAUCCGUGACCGUACAACCCCGCGCUCAGACUUUGUCUUCUAUGCAGACCGUAUCAUCCGCCUACUUGUCGAAGAAGGUCUCAACCAGCUGCCUGUUUCUCCACAUACCAUUUCCACACCUACAGGCAUCUCAUACUCCGGUGUUCGUUUCAAUGGUCAUAUCUGUGGUGUUUCCAUUGUUCGUGCUGGUGAAUCUAUGGAACAAGGACUACGUGAUUGUUGUCGGUCUGUACGAAUUGGAAAGAUUUUAAUUCAACGUGAUGAGGCUACAGCUCUACCCAAACUUUUUUACGAAAAACUUCCAGAUGAUAUUAGCCGUCGUUAUGUUUUCCUCCUUGACCCCAUGUUAGCUACAGGAGGUUCUGCUUGUAUGGCAAUUAAAGUUCUUAUUGACCGAGGAGUCCCACAGGAACGGAUCUUAUUUUUGAACCUGUUAGCGGCCCCAGAAGGUAUUAAGGUAAUGCAGGAAAAAUACCCAAAAGUCAAGAUCAUCACCGGAGGCAUUGAUGCCAAUCUGGACGAAAAUAAAUUCAUUACUCCAGGGCUUGGUGAUUUUGGUGAUCGAUACUACUGUAUUUAA